AUUACAUGUUUCUGGAUUUAAUGGACUAUUUUAAAUUUGUAUCUUGAUUGUGUUUAUAAAUCAAUCAUGAGCGAAGUUUCUUAUGAUUUAGUUAAUUCGGGUAGCCUGAUGAAGGAAAUUCAAGCAUUGAUUGCUCCACCAACAUCAGAAGAGGAGAAGAAGAGCAAAAAACCAAGGAAAAAUGGGAAAAAACACGAUCUAAAAAAUGGUUCUGGUAAAAGUAACAAUAAUGAAUAUUGUAAUUAUUGUAAAGAAGGUGGUGAUCUCCUUUGUUGUGAUAAAUGUCCAGCAGCAUUUCAUCUGACCUGCAAGUAAAUAAUUUACUUUUCAAGUUUACCUUCAAAGCUCAAGCUGGUGAAGGAGAAAGUCAAGUCUUUUUAUUACUGUUAAAUUUUCAUAUGAAGCCUAAAAGAUUUAAUAUCAAAGCAAUCUUUUUAUUAUAAAUUUGUUCAGUUUUACAAUUUUACCAUGUUUAGUUAAUAAAAAGCCUAAAUUAUUAUUUUCUAUAUUAGUUGAAUAACGAAAGAUUAAAUUAUUGAUCCACCCCUAGAUGAAGAUGAUAUUCCUCCCGGUGAUUGGCUUUGUAAACGGUGUCGUAUCCUGGAAGGGAAAUCAGUCGGUCAAGUCGUGAACGGAUCUCCUAAUAAUACAUAUGUUAAUGGUUUCUCUGAUAUUAGUGCCUCUUUAACUAUGGAUACCAUAAAAGAGCAGCCUGCUGUUGGAAAGAACAAGACUGUACCUUCAAUCACAAAUCCAGACAGUCUUGAUGAAGAAAUUGAUAGCUCUGAUAAGCAGGCUUGCCAUGAUGAAAAAGUGAAAAGUCAAUCGGUAAAACAACAAACAAGUUCAAGCUCUCAACAGUGUAAAACAGUGAACAAAAUAACGAAUUCGUCUAGUAUCCAGAAUGAUGUCAUUGAUGAUGUAUCGACUGUACGUUCACCGAAAAAUCUUCUUUCAUUGUUAAUCAAAGCUGCCAAACUAGUUAAUCCUAUUCAAUUUCAACUACCGACAGAGUAUAAUCCAUGUAUAUCAUUCCCUGGGUCGAGUAAAAAAUCUCAGCCAAAUACAAAUAGUGGCAACUCAAGAUCCAAAAAACAGCCUCAUGAAUUGGACAACGGUUUGGUUCCUCUCCCGGUUAAAGUGUGCUUUAAGUGUGUUCGAAGCUGUCGUAAAGCACCAUUGAUCCAAUGUGACUAUUGUCCUCUCCUGUAUCAUGCUGACUGUCUAGAUCCACCUUUAACAACUCUUCCAACUACCAGAUGGAUGUGUCCUAAUCAUGUAGAGCAUAUCUUAGAAGAUAAAUUAUUAGUUUCUUCAAGCCUGUCAGAUAGAAUAAAACUAUGGGAAAAAUGCCGUACACGGGUUGCAGAUAAAGUGGUUAAAUUAGAUUUUCUCAGAAAAAUUCAUAGGACUGAUCCAUAUUACCGGUGUAACCUCAAAGAAGGACCAAAGAACUGUGUUAAAGUUCCCAAAGCUAUCAAAGAAAUGUAUGAAAAUCCUAUAGCCAUUCAUCCUAAAAAAAGUCCAUCUUUCAUAAAUCCAUACGAAAAUUUCAAAGAAUGUAUGGCCGACCUUGCCAAUUAUGAGACGAAAAUAUCUCAAAUGUGUCAAAAAGAGCAAGAAGCUUUAGUGAGUAUGAUUGCUCUCCAUUCCUCAGGGCCAAAUUCUUCUCAACUGCCAGUUAAUAUUCAACCAGAGAGUAGAGAUUAUAUUAGUGAAAUUCAUAAGCCAAUGGUCAACGGUGAUAAAGUUACAAUUAAUGCUGAUAAAGGAGAGAAAACAAAUGAUAAUAAAUCAGCAGAAACUAGAGAUACUCAAAUAAACGGUAACCAUCACGAGGGGGACAUGGAAGACAAAGGUAAAGAUAAAAGUAAAGCAUCUAAUGACGUUGAAUGUGAUAAUUACGAUAAAAGCCAAUCGAAAACAGAUCAAACUCAUCAAAAAUCAACCCUUCCAAUCAAUGGAUUUACUACCGAACUGGACAAAAUAAACUUCGAAAAUUUAACUUAUGAAGAACUGAACAAGCUGGAUGAUAAAUUGAUAAAAUAUUUGGCUUUUCAAAAACUUCAAGAGAUUUCGUCUGUUAAAUCGGUCAAAAAUAAGCAUCAACUGGAAAAAACAUUAGGAAAUUAUAGCUACAACAACAUUAAUAGUAAUGUUACCAGCAUAAUAAACAACAGUGAUAAUCCUGCCAACGUUUUACAUACAAGUAAUGGUGGCUCUAAAACUCCAGAAGUUCCUAGUGAUAAUGAACAAACACGAAACAUUAAUGGAAAUAAACUAACUAAUGGGUCUGAUUCUAGUAAAAAAAUGUCCCUUGAGUUACGAGCUCGAGCAGUGUUAUGUCCUAUUUAUAUCAAACCAAAAAAUGGUUUCUCCGAUAGGCAGCUUCCUAAUCGAUCCAUCGUUCCAAUGCCAUAUCGAACUUUGACAAUUGGUACUGGAGCCAAUAAUGAUGUUUCUCUAACUAAAUAUGGCCAUUGUAAUUAUGUUUCACCAAACCAUGCUUGUAUAUUUUACGAUGAGGAUUCAAAGAAAUACGAGUUACUAAAUUAUAGUGAGCACGGUACAACGGUGGACAGUGUUUUGUAUUGCUGUGAUUUUUCGGAAAAACAAAUUCCCAAGCAACAGUCAACCGAUCAAAGUAAAGACUCGCCCACGGUGGCUUCGGUUAAGCAAAUCUUGAAGAAAGCUCGCAAGAGAAAGGCCGAGGCCAACACUGAUCAUACCAAACCUGUCCAUGAUGAUGAAGAAAACUCACAUUCCCAGUGUUCGUCCCCCAGCCGUGCAAAGCAUUGUUUUAAAGACGAUUCAACGUCCGACAAUAAUUAUUUAAAUGAAACCAAUAGCAUCAACAAUACCACAAAUAACAAACCAUCAUCAUCCCUAUCAUCCUCUGUCGAUGGACUUGCUCACCUACAAUUUAUGGCAUCCAAAGAUAAAUUAACUUGGGAGUCGUGUUCUUGUCGAUCAAGCUGUUCGUCCCUAUUGUCAUCCAAUGGUGCUGGUUGGGAGGGACCUGCUAUUCUUCAUCAUGGUUCCUUGAUUAAAUUCGGUUGCAUACAAUUUGUUUUUAGUGUUACCAAUUGUGGAUUACCGAGAAAACCUUUAAAUACCAACCUGGGACCCUCUCUUUCGGUUAAUAGCAACAAGAAUAACAAUAACCCAACCGUUACAAUUAAUUCUUCCUCAUCAAUAUCUACAAUUAGUAAAGAUUCUUAUUCAAAUGAUCAAAUGGUCACUGCGAAGACAUGAAAACACUUUUGCAAAAGAAAAUUUUUUCUUCUGUAAAGCUAAGCUUCUAAAUUGUACAAAGAAUUUUUCUCCUUCUUUUUUUUCAGGCAAAUCAAUUGCCUUAAAUGAGUGAAAAAAUCUCAUGAUGAAAAUAAUUUUGAAUCUGAAUAUUGAAAUAAUAAUACUCACAAUUUCGUUUUAAUGGCUACUCGAAAAUUAAAAUUUUGUUGUCCAGAUGAGAGAAACAUUUUUUUUCUUUGUAAAUCAACAACAAUCUUUUUAUUCAUACUAAAUCAACUCAAUAUUCAACAAAUUUAUAAAUAUCCAAAAUUUUUGAAAAUCCAUUGUAAAUUAUCCGUUACUAACCAAUAAGGUUAAUCAUCCACAACAAUGUAAUAAAUUACCUACAAUAUUGUAAAAAACAAAUGGUAAUACAAAUAUGUUAAGUGUAAAUUAGUUUAAAUAGAUUCAAUUAUUUAUAUAAAUUUACUCACCCUCCAUGGUAAUACAAGUAAUAAUAAAUCAUUUGUCGAUAA